AGACAUUUGGGUUCAUCCACCUGCCUGCACCACGCCGUCGGCACCCAACGUAUGGCCGCAACAAUCAAAAUCCUUCACCUACUGGGCCCUCUCAAGUCCCUGUCGUCUUCUUCUUCUUCUUUCCUCUUCUUCUUCAGUUCUCUUUCUCUCUCUCUCUCUCUCUCUCCGCCAUGGCCUUUCUCCUUCUCCUUUUCCUCUCCGCCUUCACUCAUUCCGCCACUGCCACUCUCUCCGCCGACUACUACCGCAAUUCCUGUCCUGCAUUCUCUCAGAUCAUCCGCGACACCGUCACCAACAAGCAAAUCACCACCCCGACCACCGCUGCCGCCACCCUCCGCCUCUUCUUCCACGACUGUCUCCCCAACGGCUGCGAUGCCUCCAUCCUCAUCUCCUCCACCCCCUUCAACUCCGCCGAGCGCGACGCUGACAUCAACCUCUCCCUCCCCGGCGACGCCUUCGACGUCGUCGUCCGAGCCAAAACCGCCCUCGAACUCUCCUGCCCCAACACCGUCUCCUGUGCUGACAUUCUAGCCACCGCCACUCGCGACCUCCUCACUAUGGUUGGCGGCCCGUACUACACCGUCUUUCUCGGCCGAAAAGACGCUAAAAUUUCCAGAGCCGCCGCCAUUGAAGGCACUCUCCCCAGGCCCUCCAUGAGUGUCUCUGAAAUCAUUGGAAUGUUCGGCUCCAGAGGAUUUUCCGUUCAGGAAAUGGUGGCGUUAAGCGGCGCUCAUUCGAUUGGCUUCUCGCACUGCAAGGAGUUCACGUCUGGGAUCUUCAAUUACAGCAAAUCGCCGCCCUAUGACAGCCAUUAUAACCCUAGAUUCGCAUUAGGGUUACAGAGAGCUUGCGCUGAUUACCAGAAGAAUCCGACUCUGUCCGUUUUCAACGACAUUAUGACGCCGAACAAAUUCGACAACAUGUAUUUCAAGAAUUUGCAGAAGGGGUUAGGGGUUUUGAAAUCCGACGGCGGAUUUUACAGCGAUUCAAGAACACGGCCGUGGGUGGAGAAAUACGCUGCAGAUGAGAGAGCCUUCUUCGAGGCGUUUUCUCGAGCAAUGGUGAAGCUCGGUGGCUAUGGCGUCAAAGUGGGAAACCAAGGAGAAAUUAGACGCAGGUGCGAUGCCUUUAACUGAUCUAAAUUCGUGUUUGAUUCCAAUUUCGAUUCUAUACCCCUCUUUUUUAUUGUUUAUGAUUGAUUAUUAUAAGAUCCAAAGUAAAGUGAAGA